AUGAUGUUAAACUCCAUGUGGGGUAAAUUUGGUCAGCGUACCAACAAGACACAAGUCCGGGAAUUUGAUGACCCCCCAAAAUUUUCCACCUUCUGUAACAGCGACACCCUCCAAAUCAAGUACGUCGGUAUACAGUCAGACGAUCGGGUGGAAGUACAAUACACUUUACUGGAGGAAGACGAAUCCAUCUUGCCCAACCUGAACAUAUUCGUGGCCUGUUUCACGAACUGUUGGGCUCGUCUUAAACUCUAUGACGCUCUCGACAUCUUACAAGAGCGAGUACUGUACAAAGACACGGACUCAGUCGUGUUCCUUUCCGCCCAGGGAAUGCCCGAGCCACCACUGGGAGAUUAUCUGGGGGACUUUAAGGACGAAUUGCCGCCAGACAAUUAUAUAGUGGAAUUUGCCUCCAGAGGUCCAAAAAACUACGGGUACAAGACCUACAAAAGGUAA